AUGUCUUUCUUCGGCUUCGAUACCAGCGGCCGCCACAAUGCCGCCGCGCCAGGGUUUUCCCAACCGCGUGAUCCUUUCGCCGGCCUCUCUGGCCACCAAGAAGAAGGCGACGCCCUCGACUUCGAAGACACCUACGAUGGCCUAGGCGACCAGCUGGACGACGCUGACGAUGCUUUCAACGAUGACACGUUUGGCGGCGAUACGUUUGGCGCAGGCGACUCUGGUACUGGCAAAGUUGGCAAGGAUUUCGACUUCUUCGGCCAGACGGCCAAGGUUGCGGACGCCAUAGAGGAGGAGCAUCUUCGUUUCAACCGACUUCAGCCAGCCGCGCGAGCCAAUGCUUCCCAGACCCAGGCUCAAGCCCAGCCCACCGAGCCCGUGCAGACGCGACCUGCUCGCACAGGCUACGAAAAGUACAAUGAGCCGGACGCUCUCCCGGACCUGCAUGUCGACCAGAGCAUCUGGGGCAUCGGCCCCUCUAAGGCGGCGGCACCAGCAGCCCCCAAGCCAGCUCCUCAGCCCGCGCCGUCGAGCAGUGUUGGAAGGAAGGUGAUGAGCUUGGAAGAGGUUGAGGCUGCCAUGCGCGCGCAGGCUAAGCCCUCGCCGCAGCCGCCCGUUUCCGAGCUGGCUUCGCAUCAGCAAGUCCCGGCUGGUUACCCGUCUGCUCAGCAUGCAUCUCCUCUCCCUCAGCACGGCCAGGCGCACCCUGUUACUAUCCUGCAGCGGCCUCAAGGCUCGCAGGCGAAGGCGUCACCCUCCCCCGCCCCCAAGCUGCCUACCCCUCAUGGGCAGCAGGAGCAAUAUCACAACCUUCACCAGCAGCCCGCUCAUCCGGUUCAGCCUGUGCAGAUCCUUCAAAAUCCGAAGCGACUUUCAUCCGAGGCAGGGCGCGCCGCAGCUGGUAGCCAGGAACUGCCUCAGACGGCCGCUUCUGCCGCAAAGCUGGCGCAGAUGAGCGCUCACCCCCAGCUGGCUCACAUGUCCGAGGAGGAAAAAGUGGCGUUUUUGGACCAAGAGACGAAGAGAGCUAAGCGCAACCACAAGAUCUGGUUGUUGUCCAAGGAUAACGGCGUGAUGACUCCUCAAGACAAAAACUUCAUCACUCGCAUCCAGCUCCAGCAGCUUGUCUCUGCCACAGGUAACCCCGUCGAGCAGGGUUCCGAUGCCUCGCUCUCCGAGGACUUCUACUAUCAAGUCUACAGCCACAUCCGUGCUGGCCAGCGCCAAAACCCCAGCCAGCCCCUGAGCAAUUUUGCUCAGACCUAUCUCUUCCAGACCGGCGGCCGCCAUGGCAACAUGCGCCGCCACGGACGACCCGCGGAGAACCACAUCCAGCGCAUGGAGCAGCAAGUGCAGCGAGCAGUCGAGGCCGCCAAGAACAAGCCGAAGAAUCCCCAGCUAGUCAUCGCCGGCAGCUUGGGCAAGAUUUCCUUUAGCAAUGCCAAGACGCCGAAGCCCCUGCUCAACAUUAAGCGUGCCGCGGAGAACGAGCCGCAUCACCACCGGGCUGGAAGCGGAAAGAAGUCGCCUGCCAGCAGCCUCGACCGCAAGACCAUUCUGCGCAAUGCCGAGCUGGUCUACGUCACCUUGAUGAAGAUCGAGGACCACGUCCGAGUCAUGCCGCCGCCCGUCACGAACCAGGGCGAUCAAGAGCUGCAGGAGAAGCAUAAGGAGUGGGCGGCGACCUUGGAGGCUCUCAACGCCCGCCUGUGGCAAGAGCUCAAGGUUCAUGAGCCGAUCGGAGUCAUUGUGCCUCACCCCUUCAUUGCCUUCCUGUCGUGCGCCAAGGGAAAGAAGGCCAUUCCUCGAAUUUUUCCCCACCUGAGCUUCGAACAGCGCACCACCAUCAUGACCAUGAUUGUCUAUCACCUCGACCAGCUGGAUGUGGUGAAUGGCGCGGCCGUGACCAACGAUGAGACUGUUCCCAACGCGAGAAUGCGAGAGAACAUUGAUUUGUUCCUGUCGACUGUCAUGCCAUCUCUGAUGCAGUAUUUCAACGAUACGGGGCUGGAUAUUGUGGACGGUGUUUUGAACUUGAUUGCUACGAACCUCAAUGUUGAUCUCAUCGCCAAGACUAGGGUUGGCGUCUCGAUGCUGACUUUGAUCUUGAGCCGCGCUGUGCUCCUGAAGCAGACUGGUGGCGGCACCCCUGAGCAGUGGGAGAAAUGGGAUCAAACGUAUGAAACCUUCUUUAGCAGACUCGAGGUGUCACUGCCCUACAUGUUCCCCGGCAGCAUCAACACCGGAUCGGACGUAUACGUGUGGCAGCUCCUCGCGGCUCUCGGCGUCAGCGCCAGCAACGACCAGCAGACCCGCCUGGUUCUCGCCGUCAAGGAUCGUGUCAUUGGCACUAUUUCUCUGGCAAAGACGCUGCCUCCGACCAUGGCGGCGGAGCGCCUUAGCAGCGUCAACCUGUUCCUGCACUCGAUUGGCUUGGACGUGGAUAUGCUGAUGGGCCAGUAA